AUGUGUAAACUGUGGUGGUGCUGUCUGGAGUGUCUUUUAGCAUGCUAAUACAUUAUAAUUAGCGUAUAAUGAGGACUGAGGACCACCAGAGGUCAGUUUCAUCGCUAUCUUGGUUUCGGUAGGUUUUGGCUGGCUUCUUUACCCAUGCUGUUUUAUCACCAGUCUUUGUGACCUGUAUCUUGUGCCAACCUCCUAUCCCAUCCUGUGACUUAGAAUGCCUAACCUCCUAGGAAUACAGCCCAGGUCUCAACCUUAUUUUACCCAGCCUCUAUUCAAGAUGGAGUCGUUCUGGUUUGAAGCCUCUGACAAGUUCACUGGUGGCCCGGGCAACAUUUAGAAACAAUAGAGACAACACUCCUAACAAGUUGGUUUAAGCAUUUUACAAAUACUGCUUUUAGUUCAGAGGGGGCUACUUACAAACACCCCCUCUAAAUCCCCUAAGGGCACACGGUAGAAAAUGCCUUCAUAAUUAUCCUUGUAACACCGUAACUGCGAGGACUACCAUCCUCCUUUCACAGAUAAGCGAAGAGAGGUGAAAAGAGGGCAAAUAUACUCAAGGCAGCCGCCUCUAAACCGAAACUUGGGUUUUGAGGUCAGUUAAACUUGGGUUGAAUUUGAACUCAAGCCUGCCUGGGUGAAAAGCCCGUUGCCUUCUUUGCACCUCAGCGGCUUCAGGUUCUUGAAGAGGCGAUAGAGGAUGUACUUCUUAGACAACCUCAAUAUACCUACAAUAUAAGUGUUUAGGUGCUCCCUUAACAUGGAAAAAACCCACAACUGAGGAACCCCGGCCAAUGCGGCGCCUGCAUAUUGAGUGCGCCCAAGAAAACGAAUUUCCUCCCGUAGAGCGUCGGUUAGCGGCCGCGUUAGGCGGCACAACCGUUCUGGAGACUGGGUGCUCCGCGGCCCAGCAGAGGAAGGGGGGUGGGGCGCGAGUUCCAUACUCGUGGGUCCGUUUCUUCCCUCCUGGCCAGCCGCGCUCUGCUCCCAUCGGCCUGCGGGAAAGAGGGUCUCCGCGCACACGAGCACGCGCACUCGCGGCCUCAACCCUCGGCUCCGCGUCGGCAGCCUGGGAUGCAGUCUUCUAGGAACGGUUCUCCCCCAGCCCCCACCGGCUGACUUCCGGCCGGCAGCUCCGCAGCCCCGCCCCCUGAGGAUUCACCAAUCACGGUGCGCGUGUGGCUUAGUAGGUGGGGCCUGAGAGAUUCGAAAGGAGCCCCGCCCCCUCGGAGCUGAUUCCCGGGACUAGGUUGCGGGAGAAAGCCUGUUGCGUGGAAGAUAAGGCUGCGCGGAGAGUGGAAACAGGCUCAGAUCUAACUGGACUCUCGCUCCUGCUGGCUGGACAUGGAGGAUUUGGAGGAAGAUGUAAGGUUUAUUGUGGAUGAGACCUUGGACUUUGGGGGGCUGUCACCAUCUGACAGCCGUGAGGAGGAAGACAUAACAGUGUUGGUGACUCCAGAGAAACCACUUCGACGGGGCCUCUCCCACCGAAGUGACCCAAAUGCAGUGGCACCUGCCCCCCAGGGUGUGAGGCUCAGCCUAGGCCCCCUCAGCCCAGAGAAGCUGGAGGAGAUCCUCGAUGAGGCCAACCGGCUGGCCACUCAGCUGGAGCAGUGUGCCCUACAGGAGCGGGAGAGUGCAGGCGAGGGCCUGGGGCUUCGCCGAGUGAAGCCCAGUCCUCGGCGGGAGACCUUUGUGCUGAAGGACAGUCCUGUCCGAGACCUGCUGCCCACUGUGAACUCUUUGACGCGGAGCACCCCCUCCCCAAGCAGCCUGACGCCUCGACUCCGGAGCAAUGAUAGGAAGGGGUCAGUCAGGGCUCUCCGGGCAACAUCUGGAAAGAGGCCCUCCAACAUGAAGAGGGAGUCACCCACUUGCAAUCUGUUCCCUGCAUCCAAAAGCCCAGCAUCUUCUCCUCUUACCCGAUCGACCCCCCCAGUCCGGGGGAGAACCGGGCUCAGUGGGAGAGCAGCAGCCAGCCCACCCAACCCCGUCAGAUCCGUCCUGGCCCCACAGCCUUCUACCAGCAACUCUCAACGCCUGCCCCGGCCACAGGGAGCAGCUGCUAAAUCUUCCAGUCAACUGCCCAUUCCCUCGGCCAUCCCCAGGCCUGCCAGCCGAAUGCCACUCACCAGCCGGAGUGUGCCACCUGGCAGAGGUGCCCUACCUCCGGAUUCUCUGUCAACUCGAAAAGGGCUUCCAAGACCAAGCACUGCAGGACACAGAGUGCAGGAAAGUGGACACAAGGUUCCUGUUUCCCAGCGACUAAAUCUUCCUGUCAUGGGUGCCACUCGCAGCAAUCUGCAGCCCCCCAGGAAAGUGGCAGUCCCAGGACCUACCAGGUAAAGAGAUCAGGACAGCAAGCAAGACUUCAGUAGCAAACCACUACAGUCAGUACCUGGACUUGCCUCUACCCAGCAGACCCUGACUCCAGCAGAUUCUGGCCCAGGGACAGGAGGAAGAGAUGCCACCAGGGCUGGUCUCCCGGGAGUAGAGACAAUGGGAAAUGGGGUGGAUUAGGAUUGAGCUGGAGAAGACUUAACCUCUCUGGGUUGAAAGAAGAUUAGGGGCAAAGAGGUCACCUUCCAGCAGUGAAAUGAACAAAUAGAAGAUGAGAAGUACAGGCAAGUGGUUUGUUUUUAUCCACCCCCACUGUUGUGGUCAGCCCCAGAGAAUUUUAUCUUCUUCCCUGGCAUUGGUUCACUGGACAUUUCCAUGUGAGUGGCCUCCGUAGCUAACCUCCCUGCCCUCUGAGGAGCCAUCUUCCUGAAUCGCAUUCUCUACUGGACUCUGGCCUGCUUGGAGAGGUGGCAGAAGGCACCCGGUCUUCAGAAAUUGUUUCCUGUGAAUUCUGUGACUCCUAAUAGGCCAGUCUGUGAUCAGCUUACUCUAUGAGUCUUCAUUUUUCUAAAAUAAAGUGAAUGUAUUUUUAUAUCCUCUGUA